AGAUAGACACAGGGGAAAAGAGGAGGUAGACAACCAAUCCUGCUGGUGCCUACUCUCUUUCAGCACCAAGGACAGAGCCUCUGGGCAGCCGACCCAAACAACGUUCAGUAGGGUCCCUCCCAAAUCCUCUAGGGAACACGGAUGCAUUGGGAAGCAGCUAUGAAACAUGCAGAGGUCUAACAGGGAAGCUGGGAGAAUAGCUCACAAGUAAUUUCACCUCAGAGACAAAAACCGAGGGUUUUCCUUCUGUUCCUUUCCAUAGUUUCUGUGUCCUGGGAAAGACAAAGUUUGCUUUGCUUGGGUUUAUCUGCUGUCAGUAAGUAGCUGCAGGAACUGAGGCACUAAAUUCCACAAUCUCCAUAAAUCAGAAGAAAUUUUCAGGAAACUCACUUGGGUCACACCCCUGCCUCUGGACUAUGGCACCUCUCAGCCAGCUAAGUGGCCACAUCAACUCCACCUGCGGGGCAGAGAACUCCACAGGUGCCAGCCGGGCUCGUGCACAUGCUUACUAUGCCCUGUCCUACUGUGCGCUCAUCCUAGCCAUUAUCUUUGGCAACGGCCUGGUAUGUGUGGCUGUGCUGAGGGAGCGGGCCCUACAGACCACCACCAACUAUCUAGUGGUGAGCCUAGCUGUGGCUGACUUGCUGGUGGCCACCUUGGUGAUGCCUUGGGUGGUGUACCUGGAGGUGACAGGUGGAGUCUGGAAUUUCAGCCGCAUUUGCUGUGACGUUUUUGUCACCCUGGAUGUCAUGAUGUGUACAGCCAGCAUCCUGAACCUCUGUGCCAUCAGCAUAGACAGGUAUACCGCAGUGGUCAUGCCAGUUCACUACCAGCAUGGCACGGGGCAGAGUUCUUGUCGGCGUGUGGCCCUCAUGAUCACAGCCGUCUGGGUACUAGCUUUUGCUGUGUCCUGCCCUCUCCUCUUUGGCUUCAACACCACAGGGGACCCCAGUGUCUGCUCCAUCUCCAACCCUGAUUUUGUCAUCUACUCUUCAGUAGUGUCCUUCUAUGUGCCCUUUGGGGUGACUGUACUCGUCUAUGCCAGGAUCUAUGUGGUGCUGAGACAAAGGAGACGGAAACGGAUCCUCACUCGACAGAACAGUCAGUGCAUCAGCAUCAGGCCUGGCUUCCCUCAGCAGCCCCUCUCUCCUGGCCGGGCACACAUGGAGCUAAAACGCUACUACAGCAUCUGUCAAGAUACUGCUUUGAGGCAGCCAAACUUCCAAGAAGGAGAAGGAGAGCUGAAAAGGGAGGAGAGGAGUAGGGACUCUCUGAGCCCUGCCAUGGCACCCAAGCUCAGCUUAGAGGUUCGAAAACUCAGCAAUGGCAGGUUAUCAACAUCCCUGAAGCUGGGGCCCUUGCAACCUCGGGGAGUGCCACUUCGGGAGAAGAAGGCAACCCAGAUGGUGGCCAUUGUGCUUGGGGCCUUCAUUGUCUGCUGGCUGCCCUUCUUCUUGACUCAUGUUCUUAAUACCCACUGCCAAGCAUGCCAUGUGUCCCCAGAGCUUUACAGAGCUACCACAUGGCUGGGCUACGUCAACAGCGCCCUCAACCCGGUGAUCUAUACCACCUUCAAUAUGGAGUUCCGAAAAGCCUUCCUCAAGAUCCUGUCUUGCUAAAGGAAGAGAGGAGGCAGCAGCCCCUAGACCCACUCUAGCCUCCAGGCUAUUGGGCCCCU